GCUGAAUAGCAUAAACCACCUUUUAAGGUUGUCAUGCUGUCUUAUAUUUGUUUUAGCUUAAUUUGUGCCUCUCUUAUUAUGUUGGUCAGUUGAAUGUUAAUUAGAUCCAAUCCAUGUUCAGUAAAAAUAAUUUGAUGCAGAAAUAAACUAGCUAAUAGACCAACUGUAUAGUAUUGUAUACAAGUGUUUAAUAUCGGUAUCGGCAUCGGUAUCGGCCAGAAGUUGUCUGUUUAAAUCGGUAUCGGUAUCGGCCCAAAAAAAUCCUAUCGGUGCAUCCCUAUUUUACAUUACACUUAUAUAAACAUUAAAUUAUUUAAAACAUCAUUAAACAACAUUACCAUCCAUGUGCAAAAGAAAUUUAAGAUAAACAUUUUAAAAACAAGUGAAUGCUACACUUAUGCAUGUUUAAUGUUGUCAUGAUGAGUUGUGUGUCUGGUGUGUAAUUUGGGGAGAUGUCUGGUUGAUUAUUCUGUUACUGAUUCAUCUGCAUCCGCAUCAGGAUACUGGAAUCUGUGCUUUUGUGUUCAUUCAGGUGUGUGAUGUUCAUAACAACUAUAAUUGUAUCUUCAUAGAAAUUUGUGGAUUUAAUUUCAUUAAUUUCCCCAAAGUUUCCUGGUCACCGUGACUCAGUCGGGUUUCUGGGAUUUUCAAAUACAGUAUCUGGACACACAGACAGGUGCGUCGGGCUGUGAAAUUCAACAAAUGUUUUCCGCCUGUCGCCUCUCGUGAGGAGGUGGAGCGACACACAGGUAAAUAUAUCUGCUAUGACCAGCUGAUCCUCAUACUUCUUCAGACUGACAGAGAAACAAACAUCUGCUUAUCUGAACUUCACAAGAUCUUUCCCAACGUCUGAGUUUAGAGACACAGAUUUCAGUGAUUAUAAAGAUGUCAAAUCCUACCAGAGGUCUUGGAGUCAGCGCGUCUACGUCUAGUGCUACAGAUCCACUUCUGACGGUCCGUUCCAUUGACCUUCUAAAAUCUAGAGAUGGACCGAACCGCAGAGAGCACCGCACAGAGUCCUACAUUCAUGAUAAACUGAUCAUUCGCAGAGGACAAACCUUUCAAAUGUGGAUGGAUCUCUCACGACCCUUCAAUCCUAAAUCUGACCGACUGCAGAUGGAGUUUAAGUUAGAUUAUACGUUUCUGAAUAUUCGAGGGAUUUGUGUCACAGUUCCUUUAGUGGAUGAGCUGGAAAACAACCGAUGGGAGAUGAAGAUUGUAGAGCAGAAAGACACAAAGAUUAGAUUGUCAGUCAACACUCCAGCGAGCGCUUCUAUUGGUCAGUAUAAGAUCUCUGUGGUGACGAAUUCAUCUGAGGGAAGAUUGAUUUACCCGUACAGCCAGAACAAUGACUUCUACCUGCUGUUCAACCCCUGGUGUGAAGUUGAUCCAGUGUAUUUAGAUAAUGAGGCUGAGAGGAGAGAGUAUGUUCUGAAUAACAUGGGCAGAAUUUACUACGGUACAGAGAAGCAAAUUGGAACCAGAACAUGGAACUUUGCUCAGUUUGAUCAGGAUAUUCUGGAAGCUUCUCUGUUUGUGUUGGAGAAAGGUCGAGGAUCUGUGACAGCGUGGGGAGAUCCUGUGAAUGUCUGCAGAAUUAUAUCUGCUCUUGUUAACUCUAAUGAUGAUCGUGGUGUGCUGGAAGGUAGGUGGGCAGAGACUUUUGAGGGCGGGACCGCACCGACAGCCUGGAGCGGCAGUGGAGACAUCCUGAGACAAUACUAUAAAAGUUCAGGGACGCCUGUCAAAUACGCUCAGUGUUGGGUUUACGCUGGUGUCACUAACUCAGUGUUGAGAUGUUUAGGGAUUCCUACCCGUUGUGUCACCAACUUUAACUCCGCCCAUGACGCAGACCUCUCCUUAACUACAGACAUUUAUAUUGAUGAGAACCUGGAGGUCAUUAAAGAACGUACACAAGAUUCAGUCUGGAACUUCCAUGUAUGGAAUGAGUCGUGGAUGACUCGUCCGGAUCUUCCGGUGGGUCACGGUGGGUGGCAGGUGGUGGACUCUACCCCUCAAGAGCCCAGUCAGGGUUUCUAUCGCUGUGGGCCAUCAUCUGUCUUUGCUGUUCGUAAUGGACUUGUCAACCUAAAGUACGACACACCGUUUGUCUUUGCUGAAGUGAACAGUGAUAAAAUCUUCUGGCUGAAAAAAGCUGAUGGAAGUUUCUCUCAGGUCAGUGUGGAGACAAAUUUAAUCGGUCAGAGCAUCAGCACCAAAGCUGUGGGUUCAGACAUGCGUACCGAUAUCACACAUCUCUACAAAUACCCCGAGGGUUCAGAAGAGGAGCGUAUCGCUGUAGAAACAGCCAGUCGUUUCGGCUCUAAGCCAAUGGUGUAUCCCUUACCCAGUGCCAGUGAUGUCACCGUUGAAAUUAACAUGGAGGGGGCGGGGCCUCGUGUCGGUAGUGAUGCCAAGCUGACCCUGAUCCUGAAGAACAAAAGUUCAGUUCAACGGACUACCACACUUCUGUGUGAGGUUCUGGUGAUUUAUUACACAGGAGUAAUGAAAACAUCGCUGAAGAAAGAACGAGUUUCUGUCGUCCUCAAACCGCAGGAGGUUAAAUCCAUCCCAUGGAUCGUGCAGUAUUGUGAGUAUAUGAAUCAGCUGGUGGGUCAGGGAGCUCUGUUACUCACCGUCACCGGACGAGUCAAUCAAACCAAACAGAUUCUGGCCACUCAGUUUAACUUCAGACUGAGAACACCAGAUCUGAUCAUUACUCCUGUAGGAGAAGCUGUGAUUGGUAAAGAGCUGACGGUCAAGAUAUCGUUCCAGAAUCCACUGCAGCAGGUGUUGAAGAACGUUCUCUUCCGGAUUGAAGGAUUGGGAAUGCAAAGUGUCAGAAAGAUCUCAUAUGGUGAUGUGGACAAGCUUGCGACUGUUACACUGAUGGAGAAGUUUAUCCCCACAUCCUCCGGUCUUCAGAAGCUUCUGGCAUCGAUGGACUGCCGUCAGCUCACUCAGGUUCAUGGAGUUGCUGAUAUUGUGGUGAAACAACAUUAAAAUAAAAAAAACAUUUACUGCUGUUUGUU